GACCUCUAAGAAUAGAAAGUUCGACAUAAGGGUAUGAGGGGCGGAGAAGUCCCAGUUAAAUUUGUCUUGGAGUACAACUGGAUCUUCAGUUGACCAGUGCUUCCGUGUUGCAAAUUAUGUGGGAUAUCUAUUAGUGGGUAGUUGGAGUUUAUGCUUCUAUUUCGGAUCCUGGAGUUGAUGUUGCCAAGGACUUUGACAAGUUAUAAGGUGGACUUUCAUCACUGUGCUUCCUAAUUCAUUAUUCUCAUCAUUCAUCCAUUCAUCCACUCAACACAAAGCUGGUCUUUCCAAAGCAGGUCUUUUAGUCCAAAUACAUAUCAUCAUAUAGAUACUUUUUAAGUUCAGUAUCCACAUCCAACUUUCACAAUGCAAUUCUCAAGCGCUUUCUUCUUGGCUCUUGCUGCCGCAACUGUCUCUGCUUCAUCUGGUGUCUCUGGAAGCGGAACCGCCGUAGGAGCUGCCAAAGCCACUGGGUUCGGAGCUGCUAAGCCCAGCGGAACUGGUGCAAAGCCCAGCUUGGUUCCCCGCGCCAUGCAUGGUCCAUACCGCCGUAAAGAUUCCAACGAGUCGGGGUCUGCCAAGGGGACCGGAGCUAAAGCCGACGGUGGAUCUGCAAAGGCAACUGGGGCCCAAGGAGCAGGAUCUGCUAAGUCCACCGGGGGAGCAAGCUCUGGUGGAGAUGGCAACGGUUCGGCCAAGGGCAGUGGAUCUGGCGGAAAGGCUUCCAAGACAGCAGAAGCUGGCUCUGCAAAAGAGACCGGAGGGAGCUCGACAAAGGGGUCUGGAUCUGAAAAUACUGGCAAAGGAUCCGCCUCCGCUUCAGGGGCUGCAUCGGCAUCCGGAGCUGGUGGCGCUUCUGCCACUUCUACUUCUCCAGCUAUCUCCACUGGUGGUGCCACAUCUCUAUCCAAUAACGGAGGAAUGGUUGCAAUUGCUGGCCUUGGUGCUGCAUUCGUUGUCUUCAUGUAAAGUAGCUUGGGUUCUUUAGUGGCGUGAUGUUGCUCAAAAUCAGAGUCAUAUGUUGAAUUGUAUGAGUUGGAUUGAGUGUUUUGUAUAUACCUUCCUGGUGUAAAUAGGGCGGCGUAUCGGGCAUUCUUUUGAGCGGGCGAGCGGCUUUGGUAUUCAUAGAUCGAGCUGGUCUCUGGCGACAGACGAAAUGAACACUCGCUUUUGUUUUCGAUGUAUCAGGGGGUUAUAAGAUCUGGCUAUUUUUUUCAUGUAGAUAUGAUUGAAGGGAUCGUUUUUCAAUCGCGAAUCUUUGACAUUGUUUGACUGCAAAUAGAAACUUUGACAUGUAGAAUCUACUGUCAUCGACGGGCAUAAGAUUGAGGAUGCUUGGAAUCAUAUCUUUGUUCUGUAUCCAGUCCCGUCCAAAAAAACACUGUGGUCUCUCGGUGGGUUGAAAUUACUUGUCGAAAGCUCCAUAAAGAUGAUAACAGAAGAUUGUCUCUCAAGUAGGAGGGAUGCAAAAAUGUAACCUACAAGAAGUAGAACAGCUGCCA